AUGGCAUCUUGGCAAUGCGGAGAGAGAGCUACAUGUAGUGAUACACACUCAUUGUCUAUUCAAUUUGAGAAAACAGCAUCAGACCACACUGACAUUUCAGAUACAUUGACGCUGCCGGAACCUCAAAUAGCCAUAUGGGAUCGAUCUUCUUCAGUCAGAAUCUUGCUCGUGCCUACGGCAUUGAAUGCGUAA